AUGAAAUAAUCAGCUUAACCUCCCCGCUCAACUUAAUUUCGGGCAAACUCUCGAGAAGCCAGACUUAACUUUGCUUAAUAAGCGGAAAUGAAUCUUCGUGGAGAUUUCAAACCUUAAGUACCUUUAGAGCCCUAAAGGCCUACUUAAAGAAGUAAUAGUUAUAGUCGAAACAAUCCCAAUCGUCCAGCUACUUAAGAGGAAAUACGAUCGGCUUUAACUCUACUCAAAGCCAAACGAGAUAAGGAUAGGAAAUAUUCUGAAUUCACAUAAGCUGUGCCAGAUCAAGAUAUUUACUAGGCUCCUUCCUUAAUGAAAGCUUAAAGUUAUUAGCCUCAAGCAACUGCGUAUGAAGAUAUUGUAGCAAAGGAGGAUAAAAAACCGAUUGAAAUCGAUGAAUACGAAAAUGAUGAUGAGGAAUUAAUCGAAUGUCCUGAAGGUUGCGGAAGGAAGUUUAAAAGGUCUGCUUUGUAAAAACACAUUAAGAUUUGCAAGAAGGUAUUUCAAGAGAAGAGAAAAGCAUUCGACACUAAGGAGCAUCGGAUACUCAAUCCUGAUCAUGCUAAAUUAUUAUAGAAAUAAGAGUAGGAAGAUAAGAUUUAGUAACAACAACAAUAGAAAAAAAAAUAAGCCUAACCUAAAAUUGAUGAUAGACCAUUAUAAGGUUAAAAAAAGCCUAAAUGGAAACUGCAAUCUGAAUAGUUCAGAGCAGCAAUGAAAAUAAAUAAAGGAGUACCACUUACCCAAUAGGAACAAGUUGCCAUCGAAGAAGUGGAUGACAGAGUAUAGUGUGAGCAUUGCGGCAGAAAAUUUAAUGAGCAAACAGCCUUGAAACACAUACCAUCGUGUAAGGAAAAGGCUAUGAUAAAUUCAAUGAAGAAGAAAUCUCAAUAGAUGUUACCACCAUAACAGAAUACUAUUAAGUCUCAGUUUAAUGCAACUAACAAUUUCCAAAAACAACAACAAUAACCUUAAUAAUAAACCAAUAAUAUCAGAAACAACGUUAACUUGAAUGGAACAAACAAUACAUUCACAAGUACUUAAACUGCUUCAAGAAGGCCUCCUCCUUCUUCUUCAAAAAAAUAUUGA